UUACAGACGCCUGAAAUCUCUCAAACAUCUUGGUUUUUAACGCUAAUCUUUUGAACCUUAUAUUGUAUUAAAAACAAAAAUCACGCAUUUAUACAGUACACAAUAAAUAGUCCGACCAUUAUCGACGAAACUGCUAUUUUUGGACAUCAUUUGGAGGAGUAUUUGGUUGAUAUAGUGUCACAUGUGAAAGAAAACCAUCUGGUAAAGUGAAGGUUUUAAAGUAAAACACUGGCUCAACAUGUCAGCUGAAGGAGGUUUUUUAAUGUGAAGGUCCAAGCAUGAACGAAGAAGAAGAAGACGUGGAUGCACUGGGUGAACAGCUGUACAGUCUAAUUUACCCCAAACACACAGAUAAUGCUGGGAAACUCACAGGGAUGCUGCUGGAGCUGCCUGUACCUGUGCUGAUGCAGAUGCUGCAGGACGAGGCCGUGCUGAGCUCAGCUCUGGAGAAAGCUGUGACAGCCCUGCAGCUGGCACACGACGGCAGUGAAGGAUCAUGUAAGGAUGAAGAUGAGGUGUCUGCGUCCUCUGACUCUCUCGGGGAGCAGCUGUUUGAUCUGGUAGACGUUUACAACACUGGCCAUUCACAGAAAAUCACAGGAAUGCUUCUGGAGCAGCACAAAGAUGCAGUUUUACAUCUUCUUUCAGACCCCAAACACCUGGAGGAGCAGGUGAAUCUUGCUCUCAAGACACUAAAGGAACAGAAUGUGGAGGAGGUGGACGUCAGCGACUCGUCAGAGCUAAUGAUGCAGACCGGCUGGGAGAAAAGCUCUUCUCCUGGUGGAAGAGAUGGAUCCAGUUAAUGCAAAUGAUAUUACAGGUAUGCUCUUGGAGAUGGACCCAGCUGUUCUCCAACAGCUGCUCAGUGACCGCACAAUGCUGGAGGCUGCUGUUCAGAAAGCACAAAAAGCACUGGAUCCCCAGAGCUGAGCCUUCUCAAGUCCAACAAAACAAUACAUUUGUUAAUAAGUAACUUUUAUACCCAGAUUUUGUCGGGCAGGUAAAAUCCUCUGUUGGUUUUAAGUGACUGUGGAGUGGACUGCUUAAAAAGUUUGACUGGAUGGACAGAAGAUAACGUACAAGUCUGAAAGGCCUCAUUUCAUCAAAAAACAACUUUGCGUUUUAUUUAUUUUUCAGAUUGACCAAAUGUGUGUCAUUGGUUAAUGGGGAAAAGACUUUCCAUCAGUGCUCCUUCUUGCAUCAGAGCCAAACUUCCAGUCCAAGAGAUUGAACCCAUCGCUCCUUGAUGGACUUGUUUACAUUAAUAAAGUAUAAGCUAUACAAAUGAGAGCAUUUCCUUAAGACUCUAAAUUAAGUAUUGAUUUAAGGACUGCCAACUAACGUGCUUUUUUUAGUUUUGCUUUUUUACUGUAGCCCCAAUGGUUCAGCUGUGUUUACAAUCAGAACAUUCUGUAUAAGACAAGCAGUUUAUGCAGUCAGAUGAAAAGAAAGUAUACCGUCUUUCUAAUGUUGUACAUAUUAAUACAGUUCAAAUCAUGGGAUCCCUACCAAGUCAGAAGUAUUGGGUUAAAGCCAAUGAAUAAGUCAUGUAAAUAAUUCAUACCAGGUUGUACCACCUUUUCUUUCAGAACUACUUUAAGUCUUCAUGGCAAAGAUUCAACAAGGUGUUGCAAAAACCUCUCAUAGAUUCUAGUCCAGGGGUCGGCAACCCAAAAUGUUGAAAGAGCAAUAUUGGACCAAAAACACAAAAAUCAAAUAUGUCUGCAGCCGCAAAAAAUGAAAAGUCUUGUAUAACUUAGAAUGAAGGCAAAUGCCGAAAGGCGAAAUGUUGAGAAAAAAGUCGAAAUGUCGAGAAAAUAGUAAAAAUGUCGAGAAAAAAGUUGAAAUGUUGAGAAAAAAUUCGACAUUUUGAGAAAAAAGUCGACAUGUCGAGAAAAAAGUCAAAAUUUCGAGAAAAAAGUCGAAAUGUCGAGAAAAAAGUCGAAAUGUCGAGAAAAAAGUCAAAAUUUCGAGAAAAAAGUUGAAUUGUCGAGAAAAAAGUCAAAAUUUCGAGAAAAAAGUCGAAAUGUCGAGAAAAAAGUCGACAUGUCGAGAAAAAAGUCGAAAUGUUGAGGAAAAAAGUCAAAUUUUCGAGAAAAAAGUUGAAUUGUCGAGAAAAAAGUCAAAAUUUCGAGAAAAAAGUCGAAAUGUCGAGAAAAAAGUCAAAAUUUCGAGAAAAAAGUCGAAAUUUCGAGAAAAAAGUCAAAAUUUCGAGAAAAAAGUCGAAAUGUUGAGA